AUGAAAAGGUCAUGCCUUCCAAAAUGCAGAUUGAGUAGGAUAUUGGGUUGGCUUCAAAUUGCAUUGGGAGGGCUUGUUAUAAUUGUUAGCAUAACAAGUCUACUCAGGUUCUAUUAUGCUGGAUUUUUCUUGCACAAUGAAGACAUAUGCAGACAAUUUUAUCCUUUGAAGAAGGAUUUCUAUGUUGCCGAUAAGGACGCUUAUGAAGGGUUUGACAUUGUAGCCUUAUCCGAUCGCGUCGGGGAAGUGCUAGACAAGAUGGAAAGCUUGCAACAAAAGCUUGAGUUGGUCGUGCAACAAAUGGAGAAGAGCAAAGAGGUAUUGGACAAAACUACAAUUACAAAAUUGGAACACAAGAAGUAUUUGGAGGAGGAAGUGAUUAGGCCUCUUUAUAAUGCUCAUAUUGCUCUUAGACAGAUACGUUUGCCCAAGCUUGAAGGACUGAGAAACCAAACAAUGAAGGAAGAUCCUUUGAUCAAUGAUUUCAUUACUGAAGAGAUCAGGAAAUACAUAACCCCAAAAGAGAACAGAGUUGGAAAGAAAAACAUUUACAGGACCGAGAAGAUAUUCAACACCAUAGGGCAUUCAUGCGUGUUGUACAAGAAAGAGUUGGAGCAGUACAUGGACUAUGACAUUGGCUCUUACUGUGAUGAUGAUUGGAAUUUGGCACAAAAGCUGAUGCUCAAUGGUUGUGAUCCGUUGCCCCGGAGGCGGUACUUGACACGAGCGUCCAAGGUCUAUCAGAAGCCAUAUCCCAUCAACGAGUCCCUUUGGAAACUUCCAGAUGAUAGGAAUGUGAGGUGGGGAAAUUACCAGUGCAGGAACUUCCAGUGCUUGUCGAGUAAGAAUCCAAAAAGGGGUUACACGAAAUGCACGGGGUGUUUCGAAAUGGAGAAAGAGAAGCUCAAAUGGGUGACAAAUAGCUCACUCCCUGUUGAUUUCCUGAUCAGUGAUGCUUUGACAAUUAAGCGCGGGGAGAUAAGGAUUGGCCUUGACUUUGGUGUUGGCACAGGGACUUUUGCAGCAAGGAUGAGAGAAAGGAAUGUCACAAUCAUAUCAACUGCUCUUAACCUUGGAGCUCCUUUCAAUGAGAUGAUUGCACUUAGAGGACUAAUUCCGCUUUAUGUGACGUUGAACCAGCGCCUUCCUUUUUUCGAUAACACGAUGGAUUUGAUUCACACCGCCGGGUUCCUUGAUGGCUGGAUAGACUUGCUGUUGUUGGACUUUAUCCUGUUCGAUUGGGAUCGAAUUCUGAGGCCUGGAGGGUUGUUGUGGAUCGACCGGUUCUUCUGCAAAAGACAGGAUCUUGAUGAUUUCAUGUACAUGUUUCUGCAGUUUAGGUACAAGAAACACAAGUGGGCUAUCUCUCUUAAGUCCAAGGAUGAAGUUUACCUUUCAGCAUUGUUGGAGAAACCUCCAAGAGCAAUAUGA